UGAUGAACAUGUAAGCAGAGUUGUUCCAUGAGUUAGAAUGAUGUCACACUGAGGAAUCAGUGAUGAAGCGUUGCUCCAAAGUGCCAUAGCAAGAAAAAGAUUCCUUUUCAUCCCUGUAAAAUGUGUUUCUUGGAACAUGAUGGGAAAUUAAAUGAGAUUGUAGGUGUGUUCUAAGAGGAGAAAAGUCAAAGGCCAAAGAAGCAUCAGGAAUUUCAGAAUUAAAGCUUGCAACAUGCCAGGUGGAAAUGUUAUGGAGGAGGAUCUAGUGGACCCAGAGUGGCUUUUCAGAGAACUCAGAUCCAUUGAUGGUCCGAACAAGCUGCUCAUCCUAGACUGCAGGUCACAUGCUGAUUUCUCUGAGGCUCAUAUAAGGGGCUCUGUUCCUUUAGCUAUACCUAGCAUCAUGUUGAGGCGGCUGGCAGCUGGUAAAGUUGAUUUACUGUCAACAAUAAGGUGCUUAGAUCUAAGAAACAGAGUGGAAGUGUUUCUGUGUGGCGAUGAGAGUAGUAGAGGGACAUUUGUAGUGAUUGGUGACUCUACAGACCCUGCGGGACAUCAGGGUGAAACAAUUCAAGUUUUAUGUCGAAGACUUAGAAGUAGUGGAGGAUGUGUAGCUAUUUUAAUGGAUGGUUUUAGAGCAUUCAGAGAUAGAUACCCUGAAUGGUGUGAAGGUAGUCAAGCAAAUGGUGAAGGUGCCCCUGGUCAGGACUCCAAUGAAGGUGAAUUAAUGGGUCUAAGAUCUCUCAGAAUAUCCACACCGCCAACUAGAUCAUAUUCUGACUCUGACAGUGAUAGCACAUGUGAUUCUGUAGGACCUGAGGAGGACAAAGACUUUCCAGUUCAAAUUCUGCCCCACUUGUACCUUGGAAACGCAGCGAACAGCGAGGACAGGGAGGCCCUGGCACGUCACAGGAUACAGUACAUCCUCAAUGUAACCCCAGAUUUGCCAAAUGUAUUUGAAAGCGCUGGUUCGAUAAAAUACAUGCAAAUACCCAUAAGCGAUCACUGGAGCCAGAACCUAGCUAGUUUCUUUCCACAAGCAAUUCAGUUUAUUGAGGAAGCUCGAAGCUCAGACAAGGGAGUGCUGGUCCACUGUCUGGCCGGAGUGUCCCGGUCCGUCACAAUCACCGUAGCCUACUUAAUGCACAAGUGUAGCCUCAGUCUGAACGACGCAUUCAACCUAGUUCGCAGCAAAAAAUCUAACGUUGCCCCGAACUUCCACUUUAUGGAGCAAUUGCACAGUUUUGAGAAGGAGUUGAGGGACAGGGGCGACAGAAGUAGCAGGGGGAAUGACCAGAGGUGCAUAGGGGCUUGUCGACCUGGUGGACCCUGCAACUGCCCAGCUCCAAGCUUCCUCAGCCCCAAGGAUCUGGGUCUUAGUCCAGAUUCAGGGAUAGAAUGGGACAGGUGGGCGUCGAGCACUCCAGCCGAAUGAGACGGGCCAGGGGGGACCCAAUACAAAUUUUAGGUCCCUCCUUAGUACGCCAUAGUAAAAGAAA